GCCUGUGGGUGGACGGUAGUUCGGUACUAUGAAAGAUCAUUAAAGAAUAGAGUUUGCUUAUUAUUUCGAUUUCCAAGAUAUGUUACGAUAAUUAAAUUUAUCACAUAAAAUUUGGAAUUUAAAUGUGUGGUUUUAUCGGUGAAACAUAUUUUAUUCUUGUACACAACGAUGAAAAAGUACCGUAAUCUCCAUUCUACAACAUGGCGAUGUCUAUCGUGAUUUUGAAGUGAUUAUGUGACAAACAUACAAAUUCAUAAUUUUAAAUAAUCAGUACAACAGAAUAUUCUAAGUUUUAUUGUCAAUAUAUACUAAAAAUGGAGACAAUAGUUAAAAUUGAACGGGAAGAUGAACCAGAAGAUAACAUAGACACAGAAACCUCAGUCGCUAUUAAAACGGAACCCGAUGAUGACACUGAAAUAAAUGUGUCUUCGGAUUGUAAGAUACCAGAAACCCUAAUUAGUAAUGAUGAGUCUGGCGACAAGAAGUCAUCUAAACCAAUUAAAAUGGAGUCUGUACUGAAUGUUGAAUGUGUAAUAGCCGAAGAUAAAAAACUAGAUAAAGGAUCAACAUCGGAAUCCGCAAAAAAGAAAAAGAACAGGAACCCUAUAAUUCAAAGAAGAAAAAAAAUAUUGAUAUCAGAUGAUGAGUGGGAACCUGAGAAGAAAGAAACAUCAGAACAAAGUGGCUCACAGAAAGUAAAUGACUAUGCAUACAGUGCACUCAGUCAGAUAGAGAUAGUGACAAUAACAGAAGAGGAGAGACAGAUAGAGUUCCAAGAGUUGUAUGAAUCCCGAAAACAUAUGAAUCAUAUUUGUGAUAAGUGUGCUAUCGGCUAUGUUAUCAAGGAGGCAUAUGAUAUGCAUAUGAAGAUGCAUUCUCCGGAGUCCGGGUCUUACGUGUGCUCGCUAUGUGACACGUACCUAAAGACGGAAGAAACGCUGCACCGUCACAAACUGCGUCAUUACCGCCGCUACCGUUGCAUGGUGUGCGGAGUGCGCUACAAGGACCGUGACGCGUGCGCAGGACACGUGUCGUUCUCGCACGCCGGCACAACCUUCCGCUGCGACCAGUGCACCUCAGAAUUCAAACGUCCGCAAUACUUGAAGCGGCACAUAGAACAGAUGCACCUGAAGGCCAACCCGAUGGAGUGUCCUGUCUGCCACCAGGUGUUCUAUGAGAGUGGAUGGUUCCGAAACCACGUGAGGAAGCACAACAAAGAAGUGCAAGAGUCGAAGCAAGCGUCGUGUCCGGUGUGCCACCGUCACUUCAAACACAAGUCGUACCUGCGCCAACACCUGCUGGUGCACCGAGCCGCUCGGGACGUGACCUGCCCGGAGUGCUCCGAGGUCUUCAUCAACUCGCAUCUCCUCGACCUGCACUACGAGGAGGCGCACAAGGACAACUUUGUCGUACAUCCGGAGGUGGAGCAACGUUGCCAACACUGUCAGAGAACAUUCGAGACUCGUGCCAACCUGCACCGACACAUGCAGAGGAUGCACACGGACGGCGCCAAACGGUACCAGUGCGAGCACUGCAAGCGCAUGUACUUCUCGAAGGGCGAGGUGCGCUCGCACAUCAUGUGGUCGCACCUGCAGCACGCGGGCGGACACCCGUGCACGUGCGGCCGCAUGUUCCGCACGCCCGUGCGCCUGCGGGAACACAUCGCCGUCAAACACCUGGGCGCCGUGCCGCCGCGCGACAAACACUGCCCUAUCUGCGACAAGGCCUUUGCGAACCAGCAAGUAUUGACACGACAUGUUAAGGGCCACAAGGGCGAGUUGUAUCCGUGUACGGAGUGCGGGCGCACCUUCCGUACGCAGUCAUACGUGAAGGUGCACUACCAGAUCGUGCACCUGCACAUGACGCGCUCCGAGAUACGACGGCAGCGCCGCAGGAAGCUGAUCAUGGUGCCCGACGCCGCGGAGGAGUCGCAGCAAGACUUCGACGAAGAGUUCCCGUGCGUUGAGUGUGGCAAGACAUUCAAGACGCAGUCUUACGUGAAGGUCCACUACAACAUGAAGCACCGCAACAUGUCGCGCGAGGAAGCCAAGCGGAGGAGCAAGGAGCUGAACGUGGCCGACGUGGUGGGGCCCCGCCUCGAGCAGGUGUUCGUCAAGACGGAGCCCCAGGAGGCCCUCGCAGUGCCCAUGUUCGAGACCUUCGUGGAUAUACAGAGGGAGUACUCUUAAUACUAUUGGACUAGGCUUGUGACUUUGUAGACUAGAAACUAAUAUAGUAUGUAAACGAUUUGUUUUUUUUAUAUAUAUGAAAAUAAGGGAUGAGACGUGCAAGAUGUUCAGCUGAUGGUAAUUGAUACAAUGCAGUGCCGCUCAGGAGUCUUGAAAAACCCAAAAAUUCUGAGCGGCACUACAAUUGCGUUCGUCACCUUGAGACAAAAGAUAUUAAGUCUCAUUUGCCCAGUUAAUUUCACUAGUUUGUUAUUUUAUUUUGUUUUCCCUCACUGCCGCUAUUAUACCGACCUUAUUUAUAACCACGUAGACUCGUAAUUAAUACAUAUAAUAUUCGCAAUAAAAAUAAUUCAGCCAACCGAAUCAAGAGAGUGGCCGUGGGAUACUGAAAUCUUAUUGGUAAGUUAAUAAUCACAAGAAAUCGUAAACAAUCGCUUCUGGCUACAGUGGAUUAAUAUAAGAUGUUUUCGUAAUUUAUUAGGUGUCUGUAGUUUAUAAGAUCGAUGGAUUAUUUAUACAACUUUUUGCUAAAAUAAAUGGCUGAUGUGGGGUUUGAUCCCGCACUCGUUUCGAAUCCCACAUAAUGUCUAAAUUUUGGUACAAAUAAAAGAAAUACACUAAGUAUGUCGGAAAAAUAAAAGAAAUGUGGCGUCUUUACAAUCAUCAUUUUUGUAGAUAAGCAUUUACAAAUCAUUUUGUAUUUGACGUGCUAUUGAGUAAAUGGGGUAAGAUAACCUUUUAUUAGCGCACAUACAGUUAAAGUGCCAAUAACUGUAUGUGCAAUUAAAAAAUUGUAUUUGAAAAUAAGGAAUCCCAUAGAUGAAUCUUGCUAUUGUUGAACAUAAAAUAUCUAUCAGUCCCUCUUAAAACAUGGUAAAACUAUAUUAAAAAUAAUAUGCAGAUUAGUAGAACAAUCAGUAUUUUGUGCUCUCCAUUAAUGGUUCCAAUUUUUUUAUUAAUCAUCUUAUGUUUUGAAUAUUUUACAAUAUCAAUGAUUCAAUGAUCAAUUUGAUAACAACAAAAUACAGUUCUGGAAAAGGCAUUCAAAACAAUUCCGACUCAACAAUUAAAAAAUUUUCGUUUAUUCAUUAUGUUGAUUAUACAAACAGACAUACACGGAGAAAUCUCCAAGUUAUUGUCCAAUAUAAUAGAACUAUGAAUGAUUGUUAGUAAAAAAUAAAUAUAAAAUUCAACCAGGUGAUGGUAUAGGAAAAAUAUCUUAGACAUACAUACAAUGUAAAGAAAGGGGAUGAGUAAGGUCUAGCUAUAGACUAUAACUAUAAUAUAGUUAUAUAUAAUAUAUAUAACUAUAACUCCAUAGUAUUUUGAAUUUUAAACUACUAACUAAUGCACACAUUGAUAUCAAAUUGGGUCACGUAUUAAGUGGCUGUUUACCGUUAGGUCGUCUUUACGAUACGUUAAUAAACGUUAGUGUGGUAAUAGUUACUUAUGCAACUGUUGUGUAAUAAGGGGUAUUAAAACGAAUGUGGAUUUAUAACUUUGAUAAUAGUAUCACAUGAGUCUUUUAAUACCUAAUUAUCAACAGUUGCAUACAAGACUUUAUCUACACCCAUAAUAUGAAUCCUCUUUAAAAGAUUCUGAAACAGUUAGCUUACUGCUAACAUUUAAACACCCAAUGUCCUAAUAACCAGUACAUCACCCAAACAAGUGUUGUAAUAUUGUGCUGAAUUUCAUUACAACACUCGUUUGGAUGAUGUAAUGGUAAUUAAGACAUUGGGUGUUUUAAGGUGCAAAUAGUUAACUGUUUUAGAAUCUUUAAUUGUGGAUUUAAAGCAUGGGUGUAGAUAUAAAACAUAAAUCUUCGUUUCUCUUCUUCGAGUUUCUUAAUGAAACCACAGUUUGGGAUUGGAGCAACCACCCUCUUAAUAAAUUAUUAAAAAAGGCCACUCUGUUACUUGCUCUUUCCGUUCUUCUCAGGUCUGAGGCAUUUUUUUUCGAAUGGAGGGUAGUUUUUUACUUUCAAUGUGUGAUAUAUCCUAUUUUGGAUAAAAUAUUUGAAUUUGAGCUAUAUUCUGAGACUAUGGGUUCACCAUUUAUUUGUCUCGUAGUUUUUCUGAAUUGGGUAUAUCUUGCUUUUGGACAUUAAAAAUCGACGUUUUAACUAUUUUUUUUACGAGUAGAAGACACAAAAAAAUUGAUAGCACCAGUUUAUUUAUGAUUCUACCGAGAUUUUUUGAUUUCUCUUCUUCCUUGAAUAGCGCCCUCCACCAAACUGCUAACAGUCUUAUUUAAACAAGACCGAACCUUUUGUUUUAGCUGUACUUAUUAGGAACCACUUUUUUUGAUGUUGACUUACAAAAAAAAUAUCAGACAAAAUGAAAUAUUUAAUCUAUUUCCAAUAAAUUAUUUGUCUUGGGUCUCAGGAGUAACCUUAAGUAUGUUUUUUUUAGUGGAACGAGGGUUUUUUUGAAGAUUCAACAUGACUGAUGGAUAACAACAAACAUGAUUCAUGAGCAAGCCAAGUAGGUCAUUACCUAAGAUUGUUUUGAUUCAAACUCAAAUAUUUUUUAUCCAAAAUGGGAUAUGUAAUCACUUAUUGAAAGUCAACAAAUACCACCCAUUUGAAAACAUAUGCAGACCUGAGAAGAACAGGCACAAGAAACUCAGUGGGAUUUUUUUUUUCAUAAAAAUAUCAAUAAUAAAAUUUACUAUUCAAUAGCCUGAGGGUCUUCGCUCCACUCCCAAUCUGUGUUAUCAUUAAGAAAGUCAUAUGUUAUAGUACGGUGGACCUUUACCACACAAACAUUUUUUAACAAUUCUUUUGACUUUCGUACAACAUUUGUUGUAAAAGCAUAUUAUACCUACAUUAGGCUGAUACCUGUCAAAAAUGAAGUAGGUACUGUUUGAGUAAAAUUAUUGAGUACAAUAGUUUUGUACUCAAUAAUUUUACUCUAAAUAAAACUCUUCGUAGUCUGUUUUAGUAGUAUGGGUAUCAUAAAUUUAAGUAAUCUAUACUGUUUUCAUGACUUAAAACAUGUAUGGCAGUGAUAACUUAUCGACCUGCUCCUUCACCUUCCAUACAAUAAUCUUGCCUGUAUUAUAAUAUUGAUAGAUAUAUGUGGGUAUUAUUAUAAACUAUAUAAUUUCUUGUGGACGGACACCCUUUGAAUUUUAGUUGUUUAUUGAUGAAAUGAUCUCGAGAUUUAACCCAUAGCUGUAAUUAAAUUAUUCUUAACUAAAUAAAUAAUAAUGUAUCUUUAGUGUUAAAUUUUAUGUAUAUUGUGUAAUUGAAAUAAGGUUUUACCAUAUUGUGUUGUCUUAGUUCUUAAUAAAUAAAAUAUUUGUAUGUAGACAAUUUUAGAUGUAAGUUCUGCUACUGAAUUUUUAACUAAGCUAAUGAAUUGUUGAUUUACACUGCUUGUUUUUUUUAUUUAAAGGUAAGAAAAGCUAUAGUCUUAUCUUAAUUUAAAUAAAAACAUGAAAUAAUAUUCUUGAAUGAGCACUAUACAUGUUUGUAUAAACAAGCUUAUGAAAUAUGAUAAAAUAAAUAAUAUAA